AUGAAGAACUAUGAGUGGCUUGAAAAAAAUGGGCGAGCAGAUACCCUUGGAUAUUUGAAUAUUCCCGAGUGCAAACUGUCAUUAAAAGAAGUGUUUGUGCCAUCAUUGGUCAUCCCAAAUGCGAACUUUUUCAGGAAUUAUUUGCUUGGUUUCCGUGAAGUCUUCACAUCAGGCCAAAUACCACCGACGAGCAACUUUAUGUCCUCUGCCGAUUUCUCCAAGUUCAUUAGUGAGUUGAUGAAUAGAAAUGUGGGAGAAGAAAUCACCAAGACGCCUCCCCUCUCGAGGACAAACUCCUUACAACGGAUAGCUUCAAUCAGAAAGUCCAAUUUGUCAAUUGUGAAGAAGAGAGAAGAGUCCAAACCACGCUCACCAUCUGUGAACACCCCAACCCACUCGUUUAAGUUGGAAGAGAUCACAAACACAAGUAACCGAACAGAACCAUUUUAUGAGUACUUAUUACAAUCGAAUAUGUAUUAUACACACAAACCAACUAUAGACGGAUUCGAGGAGGUCGACAACGUCACAAUAUCACUUAGAUGCCCAUUUUCAAAAUCGAAAAUGACACACCCGGUCCGAGGAGUCAACUGCUUGCACCCUAUAGACUUGAAAAGCUUUGUGAAUAACUGGUAUAAUAAACAUACCGAUAGGAGUAAGUGUUGUGUCUGCAAAGAACCAUUCGACGAGAAAGAUGUGAGGAUCGACAAAGGACUUGAAAAAGCAAUUCGGUUUGCUCCACAAGACGCCGAGUUCGUACAAAUCAUCAAUGGAGAGCCAGUCGCUUUUUUUAAUGAAAAUAAAGUCAAAAUCUCGGAAAAAAAAGGAAACGUGUUCGUUGAUAUCAUUCAACCAAAAAUCCAAGUCAUCACUAUCAAUUCACAAUCUCAACAAACUCCAGUGUAUGUGUGUUAG